AUGGCAAGAAAGAAGCUCAAUGGAGAUGAUCAUCACAUUGAUAUACUCCCUGAUGAAUGUCUUCUCCAAGUCUUUAGCUUCUUGCCAUCUCCCCGUGACCGAUGUUCUUGCGCAGCCGUGUCGAAGAAAUGGCUCUUCCUCCAACUCCACAUGCGGUUUUCCGAUUUUCAUCAUGAUGUAAACCAAGUAGAAUGCAGCGAAGUAUCAAGAAGUCUUGAAGGAGAGAUGGCUAAUGAUGUUAGAUUGGCUGCCAUGGUUGUUGGAGUUUAUCCUCAUAGUCUCACUGAGCUUACAAUCUUGCAAGGCUUCUUCUCAUCAUCAUCUUCUUCUUCUUCUUCAUCUUUGAUCAGUUAUAAUGAAGUUGUCACUGAUUUAGGGUUGAAGAUCAUAGGCUUCACUUGCCCUACUCUCAAGUGUAUCACUCUUUCCAAUUGUGCUUAUGUUGGUGAUGCUGGCCUUGCAUGCAUUGCUGGAGGUUGCAAGAACUUGGAGAAGCUUAAUAUCUACUCUUCUUCGAGGAUCACCGAUGACGGUCUCACCAUCAUUGCAAAGAACUGCUUGAGAUUAUCCGUGGUUAACUUUGAAUCAUGCACAUCGAUCGGAAACCAAUCACUCGAGGCUAUCGCAGAGUACUCAUCCAAGCUUGAAUCCAUCUCCUUGACCAAAUGCCAUCUCAUUGGCGAUCCCGGCAUGGUUUCCAUCGUCUCAAAGCUUCCUAAGUUAACGAGGAUCAGUCUCGUGUCGAUGGAGAUUACCGACAAAGUCCUCAAGGUCAUAGGAGAGCAAGGGAGAUCUCUAGAAGUGCUAAGCUUGGAUUCAAUCAAAGGAACAACAGAGAUUGGAUACUCCUUCAUAAGUGGAGCUCAGAAGCUCAAGGUUCUCACAGUGAGCUCUUGUUCCUCUUUAACAGACACUAGCUUCAUCUCUUCAUCAUCCAAUGGUGGCUUCCCAAGCCUCAAGAGAGCAGAGUUUAGAAACAACAAUGGUUUAACAAACAAAGGUCUGAUCAAACUGACAGAAGGAUCACACAUGUUGGAGAAUCUAAAGCUUGAGAAAUGCCACAAAAUCACAACUUUUGGACUGAUGCAAGCUCUAUCCAAUUGCAGCAACACAAUAAAAAAACUAUCUUUGGUGCAAUGUGAUCAAAUUGGACAGCCACCAGUAAUUCCAUCACCUCAACCAGUCUUGUUCUCAAUGAAGCUAAAGAAAUGCAAAUCAAUAGGAGAACCAUUUCUAGCAUGGAUAGGAGAAUCAUGCAAAGAAGCAAAGAAGAUAGCAAUGGUGGGAAUGAGCAACGGGAUAACAGACACAGCAAUGUGCGCAUUCCUGAAAGCAAUGGGCGGGGGUGGGAGUGUGAAAAGCUUGGACUUGAGCGGAAGCGGGAGGAUCAGUGACUGGAGUGUGGCAGCGGUCACUGCGGCAUUUGGUCGAACACUUGAAAGGCUAAGUUUGGUGGGGUGCAAAAGGGUGAGUGAGGAGGCGCUGGGGGUGAUCGGGGAGAGGUGUGGGAAGCUUGAGGACUUGGAUUUGUCCCUGUGCGCGGUGGGGGACGAGGCGCUGCGGAGGAUGGCGAGCUCGCGCGCGCUGAGGUUGAAGACGCUGGCGCUGGCCGGGUGCGGAGGGGUGACCGACGAGGGGCUUGCAGCGCUGGAGCUCAUGGGGAUGAGUCUCAACGGUCUGAAUUUGAUCAGGUGCUCCGGGAUCAGUGCUCGUGGGAUUGAGUCCAUCCGUGAGAUGCUUUGGAGGUGUGACUUGGUAUUCUAG